AAAACAAAACCAACAACAAAACUCAAAAUCCCCACUAGUUUAGUUGCCAAUUGCUUUCCAGUCCUCUUCCUACACAUGAACAGCAAAAGAGUAGCUGUAGUUCUAUACUGGAAAGCUGUCAGUCACUAAAGCAGACUGGCAUUUUAUCUUGCAUUCAAGAAAAGACUGAAAAAGUAAUGGGAAAAUGAUUUCAACAUUGACCUUAAAUGAGUGUGGAUUGGGUUUUUUGUUUUUUACUGCUCUGUUUCUGCUGCAGGAAAUCUGGUGGCUUGGCCAUUCUGUGUUUGACUGAUACUUUAUUUGGUUUUUUGAAGGUACAUAGGAGUAGGACUUUCUGCUCAAGGGGUCAGCAUGAACAGGCUUCCUGGAUGGGAUAAACAUUCCUAUGGGUACCAUGGGGAUGAUGGGCACUCCUUCUGCUCUUCGGGGACAGGACAGCCCUAUGGCCCUACGUUCACCACUGGAGAUGUGAUUGGCUGCUGCGUCAACCUCAUCAACAGUACCUGCUUCUACACGAAAAAUGGCCACAGCUUAGGUAUAGCCUUUACAGACCUCCCUUCAAAUCUCUACCCUACGGUGGGUCUUCAGACUCCAGGAGAGAUAGUUGAUGCCAACUUUGGGCAGCAGCCAUUUGUGUUCGACAUUGAGGACUACAUGAGGGAGUGGCGAGCAAAGAUUCAGAGCACCAUUAAGCAGUUUCCCAUAGGAGCCAGACUAGGCGAGUGGCAAGCCAUGCUGCAGAAUAUGGUUUCAUCGUAUUUGGUUCAUCAUGGGUACUGUUCAACAGCAACUGCCUUUGCCAGAGUCACAGACACCACAAUCCAGGAAGAACAAAACUCAAUAAAGAAUAGACAAAGAAUACAGAAGCUAGUGUUAGCAGGCAGAGUGGGAGAGGCUAUAGAAGCCACCCAGCAGCUCUAUCCUGGUCUUCUAGAACAUAACCCUAACCUGCUCUUCAUGUUAAAGUGUCGGCAGUUUGUGGAGAUGGUGAUCGGGACAGACAGCGAAGUCCGUUGUUUCAGUGCCCGCAGCCCCAGAUCCCAGGACAGUUACCCCAGGUCCCCCAGCUUAAGUCCUAGACAUGGAUCGAGCAACUCACACGUUCAUAGUACUGGAGCAGAUAGCCCAACCUGUAGAAAUGGAGUCAUGUCCACGAAAAGCAAACAGAGUCACAGUAAAUACCCAACACUGAGUUCAUCAUCUUCAUCUUCCUUCUCCUCCUCCCCCUCAUCUGUGAAUUACUCUGAGUCUAAUUCUACAGAUUCUACUAAAUCUCAGCAGCACAGUAGUAUGAGUAACCAAGAAACCAGGUAUUUGUUUUCCUUUGUAGAUGCCUGAGGAGGCUGAGAUGGUGGGAGAGGGCUC